CAUCCUAGAGAUAGCCACAUUCUCCUAAACACCACACCCCCAAGUCUCCGUGGGCCCGGGGAGCUGCAGGAUGGCGGCAGGUGUGGCCACAUGGCUACCAUUUGCAAGGGCUGCAGCAGUGGGCUGGCUGCCCUUAGCCCAGCAGCCCCUGCCCCCUGCACCAGAAGUGAAGGCAUCCCGAGGGGACGAGGUUCUGGUGGUGAACGUGAGUGGUCGGCGCUUUGAGACCUGGAAAAACACGCUGGAUCGCUACCCAGACACAUUGCUGGGCAGCUCAGAGAAGGAAUUCUUCUAUGAUGCUGAAUCAGGCGAGUACUUCUUUGAUCGGGACCCAGACAUGUUCCGGCACGUGCUGAACUUCUAUCGCACAGGCCGGUUACACUGCCCCAGGCAGGAGUGCAUCCAGGCCUUUGAUGAGGAGCUGGCCUUCUAUGGCUUAGUCCCAGAGCUUGUGGGUGACUGCUGUCUUGAAGAGUACAGGGACCGCAAGAAGGAGAAUGCAGAACGCCUGGCAGAAGAUGAGGAGGCUGAGCAGGCCGGGGAGGGUCCAGCCCUUCCAUCAGGCAGCUCCCUGCGACAGCGACUCUGGAGGGCCUUUGAAAACCCACACACGAGCACCGCAGCACUCGUUUUCUACUACGUGACUGGUUUUUUCAUAGCUGUGUCAGUCAUCGCCAAUGUAGUGGAGACCAUCCCAUGCCGAAGCCCUGCACGGCGGCCCACAAAAGAGCAGCCCUGUGGUGAACGCUUCCCGGUGGCCUUUUUCUGUAUGGACACAGCCUGUGUACUCAUAUUCACCGGGGAAUACCUUCUGCGGCUCUUUGCAGCUCCCAGCCGUUGCCGCUUCCUGCGCAGUGUGAUGAGCCUCAUCGAUGUGGUGGCCAUCUUGCCCUACUACAUUGGACUUUUUGUGCCCAGAAAUGACGAUGUCUCUGGUGCCUUUGUCACCCUACGUGUGUUUCGGGUUUUCCGAAUCUUCAAGUUCUCCAGGCACUCCCAGGGCUUGCGGAUCCUGGGCUACACCCUAAAGAGCUGUGCCUCUGAGCUGGGCUUUCUCCUCUUCUCCCUGACCAUGGCCAUCAUCAUCUUCGCCACUGUCAUGUUCUAUGCUGAGAAAGGCACCAGCAAGACCAAUUUUACAAGCAUCCCUGCUGCCUUUUGGUAUACCAUUGUCACCAUGACCACACUUGGGUAUGGAGACAUGGUGCCUAGCACCAUUGCUGGCAAAAUAUUUGGGUCCAUCUGUUCACUUAGUGGUGUCUUGGUCAUCGCCUUGCCUGUGCCAGUCAUUGUGUCCAACUUUAGCCGUAUCUACCACCAGAACCAGCGUGCUGACAAGCGCCGAGCCCAGCAGAAGGUGCGCCUGGCAAGAAUCCGGUUGGCAAAGAGUGGCACCACCAACGCCUUCCUGCAGUAUAAGCAAAACGGGGGCCUUGAGGACAGUGGCAGUGGAGACGGCCAGGUGCUGUGUAUUAGGAGCCAUUCUGCUUUUGAACGGCAGCAUCACCAUUUGCUACACUGUCUAGAGAAGACGACGUGUCAUGAGUUCACAGAUGAGCUAACCUUCAGUGAGGCCCUUGGAGCUGUCUCACUAGGUGGGCGCACCAGCCGGAGUACCUCAGUAUCUUCCCAGCCAAUGGGGCCUGGUAGCCUGCUGUCAUCCUGUUGCCAUAGAAGGGCCAAGCGCCGAGCCAUCCGCCUUGCCAACUCUACUGCCUCCGUCAGCCGUGGCAGCAUGCAGGAGCUAGACACGCUAGCAGGGCUUCGGAGGAGCCCUGCCCCUCAGAGCCGCUCAAGCCUCAAUGCCAAGCUCCAUGACAGCCUUGACCUGAACUGUGACAGCCGGGACUCUGUGGCUGCCUUCAUCAGUAUCCCCACCCCUCCUGUCAACACACCAGAUGAGAGUCAACCUUCCUCCCCUGGGGGUGGGGGUAGUGGCGGCAGUGAUGGUAGAACCAACACCACCCUCAGGAACUCCAGCUUGGGGACCCCCUGCCUCCUCCCUGAGACUGUCAAGAUCUCUUCCCUGUGAGGAAUGGGCAUGCCCAUUCAGAGGGCCUUCUUUCUUCUUGGGAACUCCUUUCCAAAGCCAUAUUUUUGGGGAGGCAAAGAGGGGCAGACUUGGGGACCCCUCAUGCCCCCUGCCAAGAACUAUGCAAUGGAGUCUCAUGGAAUGGCCCAUCUGGUGGGGGAAGAAGCUAGCCAAUGGGAAACGUCACCUGCUCUGGACAGUUUUCCUAGUGGGAGCUGAAGCACUAAGAUGCCAGAGGCUCCUGGUCUCCUUGCCCCAGCAUGCUGGGACUGGCCUCUCUCUCCUAGCUGGCCUCUUGCAUGCUUUUCCCCCUUGGGCUCUCAGAGGCAGGUUCAAGCUUUCUGUAGUCUGCCAUUUGAGGUCUGGCCUGACAUGAAGAGUUGAGAGUUGCUCUUCUCUUUUGGUCAUGCUGUGCUAGUU